AUGGGCCGUACUGGAUCCAGGGGGCAGGUGACUCAGGUCAGAGUCAAGUUCAUGGACGACCCCAACCGCUUCAUCAUGAGGAAUGUCAAGGGUCCAGUGAGAGAAGGCGACAUCCUCACCUUGCUCGAGUCUGAGAGAGAGGCCAGGAGGCUUCGUUGA